CAACCGGAAGCUUUGAACAAUCGACGUCAUUCAGCAGUACCAGCCCACUGCUGCUGUCCCAAAGCAAGCACAAGUCUGAACUUUUCUCAAAGCCGAUAGAUAACAAACCGGGUUGAUUAAGGAAAGAGUGCGAGUCAACUGCACUUUUAUACUCUCAUUAAGGUUAAUUGCAAGUGGAGUAAUGUCAUUUUGUUCCUUCUUCGGUGGUGAGGUCUUUAAAGACCACUUUAAAACUGGGUUGUAUAUGUGUGCCCAGUGUGGACACCAGCUGUUCUCUAGCAGAUCUAAGUAUGAGCAUUCCUCCCCCUGGCCUGCCUUCACUGAGACCAUCCUCCAGGACAGUGUGUCCAAGCAUGAGGAGAGACCUGGGGCAUUCAAGGUCCGAUGUGGGAAGUGUGGAAACGGACUGGGUCAUGAGUUUGUGGGAGACGGGCCAAAGAAAGGACUCUCACGUUUCUGAAUAUUCAGCAGCUCACUGAAGUUCGUCCCUAAAGAUAAGGUAGAUGGACAGUAAGGUGAGCAGCAGGGGUAUGGAGUCACAGUGAUGGUAGAGCAGUAGGAUUGUCUGGAGUCUCUGUGCUGCUGAAGGUGUGCAGGACAGUGGAUGAAGUGUCCUGGGAUAAAGCCCACUUUGGGACCUCCAGGACACUGAUGGUCAAUGUCUUUGCUGGACAAGGACAGAGAAACUCCUACCAAAUAGUCAGCUACAUUAUGCAAUGAUACACCAUCAUAAUAUAACAAUGAUACACAAUCAUAAUAUAACAAUGAUACACAAUCAUAACACAGACAAGUACAAGGAGUUACACCAUUACACAAAGAUAGUCUGUCACUUAAUCAUUGUUUUAUUUUUUUAUCUUAACAUUGUCAGUCAAAUGGGGGAUCACUAUGUAGCCUUCAUAGUGGUGAAUGUAACUUCAAGAUGUCCUAAUUUAUAUAUAGUAGUGAAAGCAAACAGGUGGCUCAAUCUACCAAUGUAUGUUAAUCAGUUCUAUCAAUGAUGUUAUGAGCCUCUUAAAGAUAGACAGUGAUGUAAUAAAAUCUCAAUGGUCUUAACGGUCACAAUGUAUAAUAUGCAAACAAAAAGAGAAAUUCAACUGAGAAAUAAAGAUGUACUUUUAUAGAAGAUUA